UUUAAAUUGAUUCAGUUUCAUAAUAAAUGACAUUUUUUUGUUUAUGAAAAAAAAAAUAGUUUCUGAAACAAAGUUCGAAUGUAAAUAUAAACAACAAUACUAAAGCAGUUCAGAGGAAAGUAAACAUAAUUAAAAAUUAAUUUACUUGUUUUUAAUAAAAGAGUAAAACUUAGAAUCACUUUAAAUGAAUGAAACUAUAGUGAUGAUAGAGAAACAAAACUCAAGUCGUCAAUCGAUCGAUAUUCAAGGCGAUUACCUAUGCGAGUAUAACAACAACGUGCAAAGGGGUCGGAAACGUUAGUGAAACGCAGUAAAGAACACCUGUCAGUUUUCUUCUAACUUCCAACAGUUUACCUAAUAAAUAUUCAACAAGAAUGGAAAAUCAAAGAAUGGAACUGAGUAGGAGGCUGAAAGCUCGAAGAAAUGAACAAAUGAAAAGAAGUCGAACACCCAAGAGCUUGGAGAAAAAAUCGGAGGAAAAAUUGGAGGACCAGAAUGAUUCGGAUUCGCAAAAAACUUUUUCCAAAGAUAAUCGAUAUUCGCGAAGGAUUUCAAUAAGUGAAAGAAGUGCAAAAUCUCCAGUGAAGCAGAAUAAUCUCGAGACGACAGUCGACAUUGAGCCACUGGUGGAUACAAUUCAAAAAUCGACUAAAGAAAUUUUACGACCACCUCCUGGUCGAUCUGUACUGAAAAGGACGAUAAAUGUUCAAUCACUGGAUAUCGAGUCCGCCGAGGAUUCAUCACUAAAAACAGAGCCAAUGAAUGUCGUCGUCGACGUUCACUGUGAAAACGAAAUCAGACCCAAAAGUUCGAGACGAAGUUCUAGAGAAAAAUCUCCCUCGCCGCCCAGAAGAUCUGCAUUUGUCAGUUCAGACGAGGAUGCUCCAAAAAAGCAAUCUGACAAUAUUUUUAGUAAAUCUUUCAAGAAACAGGAAUCCGAACAAAGCAACGGAAAUUCUGAUCGAAUACAAGAUAUUAUAGAAUAUCCAACAAAGCUGCAAACACGAGAAGUUCGGCAAAAGGAAGCAACGGUCGAUUUGACGAGAGAUGAGAAAUUAAUGAAGAAAACUGUCAGAGGGCGAAAGGUGGACAAAUCCCCAGAGGCUUCAACUUCAGGACCACGACCACGAAAACGAUGGUCCAUUCUGGAAACAAUUUACGUGUCCGAAGAUGUCAAAAAGGGAAAAAAGCCCUGGUCAGAAGAAGUCACGUCCGAUUCUUUCUGGCAAGAUAAGGCAAAAUCUUCUUGGGACACUUCGUCCGGAAAGGAAGAUUCUCCAAAAACUUAUGCCACUUCCAGUCGCAAAACUCUCGUCAAAGAGCAACUCAAGAAACCAGUACCAGCUCCUCGUUCAAAGAGCCAAAAAUCGAUUAACGUUUCCAGCAUGGCUUUUGAUAAUGAAGCAUUUUCAUCAGAGCACGAGGAGGUUCUGCGAAUCGAAACGAAUCCUGAGAAUAGAAAAAUAAAAAUGAGUUUGGAAACAGUGGGCAUAAAAACAGAAGAAAAAUCUCCGUCGAAAAGACCCAAAAGCAGCUCAAAGUCUCUCAAUCGAAAAACGGAAAGAUGCUCAUCAGGAAAAUCCGAGAGUUCUGAUUUCGAUUCAGACGAUCGUCGCCUAAGGCAAAGAAUCAAAUCACCAAAGAAAAAAUCCCUUUCAAACAAUUCCGAAGACGAACCAUCGCUUUUCAGGAAAAAUAGUUUUACAAUUACAAAACCAAUAAUUCGUUCGAAAUUACGUCGAAAGAGUGGUGGCAGUGAGGACACAUCAAACAUGGACAAUGAAUCCAGUAUUUCGCAAACUACUAGUAAAAGAGAUAUAAAAAGUCGUCGGAAUUCUGAGGAGAUUUCUUCUGACGUUGAAAACUCCCAGAAAUCCAGCUCUAAACAUAAAAUGCAAAUAAUUCAUUCAAAAUAUUCUGGUCAGGAAACAUCGUUGUCAACAAACGAAGAAGAGGAGAUGAGCGAUAUCGACGACCAGGCUCGAGUAAAUCAACAAAUUCUGAAAAAAGUUCCAAAAAUUAAAAAAAGUCGCAGUUCGGAAAUUCAUGAAAUCGAAGACAGCGAUAGUAGACGACAAAUUGAGAAGAGAAAGAAAAGUGAAUCGUGCAGGAGUAGAACAAGUUCUUCCACUAGGGGAAAAGAAUUUUUAGGUGAAGAUGCAGGGAGAAAGAAGAAAAAGAAAAGGCGAAAAAAGAAGGAGGAGAAAGAGGAGCAGAAGGAAAUUAAAUUCGUAUCGAUAAUUGUUCAUAGAUCUGAUGUUUUGGAAAUUGACUACAUCACACGACAUCCAAUGGUGAAGGUUCAUAUUGUCAAUGCAAAUACGGGAAAUUAUCUGAAAAAUCAUGAGAAUGGGGGAAAAAGUGACAAAUCAUAUUUACAACCGAUAAUCACUGGGAAAUUCGAUAUUAAAGAACACAGAUCAAUUAAGCCAAUUUGGGAGGAGGAAUUAAUUUUCGAACAUGAUUUUGACGAUAUUUUGAGGACCGAGGACGAGCAAGUUUUAAUUUUCUUCGAAAUUAUCGAUCUCCUUUCUUUCUCUGAAGCUAGUUUAAAUUAUAAUCAUUACGGGAGUGAAGGCUGUUGGCACAAAAUAGCUUGGGCAUUUUUGAGACCAGUCGGAAGUGUUGGAUUGCAUAUUAACAAAAAAGUUAGACUCCAAUUAUUUAGACCGAGGAAAAGUAUUAAGAAAUUGGAACGGAAGCAAUGCGAGGUUUACGCCUGGUGGAAAUUGAAGAAACGUGAAAAAUAUCCGAGUAGUCUCUACAUAACAGUAUCGCCAGUGGAACCUCCGAAAAUCGAACCCGUUUAUUAUGAACAAUUGACGCUAAAUGAAUUGUCUGAUAUUCACAGUGAUAUUCAAAGAACACCGCAGAAAGCUUCAGACGAAAUAAGUCUUCCAAAAUGGUCGAGACUGACAGCCCAGUCUUGUAAAAUACCCAACAAAUUAUUAUUUCAAAGUGAAACGUUCGACAAUGGCUCCUUCUAUAUAGCUUUUAGUAAUGAUGGCAAAUUUUUAGCGUGCACGGUUUCUGAGGAAUAUGAAUUUCCUAUUAUUGUUUACAAGGUUGACGAGAAAAAGAUUAACGUUAGAUUCAGUGGUCACAAGAAUUUUGUUUAUUCUCUAAAUUGGUCGCAGGACGAUCGAUAUUUAUUGUCGGUGUCUUCAGAUCAAACCGCUCGUUUAUGGGACGUUAGUGAAAAAAUAGUUCAACACAUUCAAUUGUUGCCACAUCCUUCAUACGUCUACUGUGGAAAAUUUGAUCCAGCCAAUUCGUCGAUAGUAAUCACCGGAUGUUACGAUCACAUUGCGAGAGUUUGGGCGUUGAAUAAAAAUUCCGAAACUUACGAACUAGUCCAAGAAUUAGAGGUUCAUGAAGGUUUCGUCAAUUCGAUUUGCUUUCAAAAGGAUGGAAGUUUACUGACCGCCGACAGUGUGGGAGUGAUUAUUCUCUGGAUUAUCAAGAAAAAUCGCAAGGGUCCGAUGAAAAAGGAAUGGCAAGUUGGAAAGAAGAUUAAAUUACCGGAAAUCGAAGCAACACCAAUUAAUACAAUUGUCCUCCAUCCACGAGGUUCUAGACUUCUUGUUCAUUCGCGAAACAAUGGUUUAAGAUUACUGGACCUGGCAACUGGAGUUGUGCUGCAAAAAUACGAAGGUCUCGAAAACAGAAGAAUACAAACCGCAGCCUGUAUUUCUCCAUGUGCGACAUUGGUUUUCUGCGGGGGAGAGGAUGCGACACUUAAUGUCUGGAAUUUAGAAACUGGAAAACAUUUGGCUAAAUAUUCAAUUUGUGACAGCUACAAUACAGUUUCCUGUGUCGAUUAUCAUCCGUAUGACCACGUUCUUGCUUUUUCUACCUUCGGCAAUGCGGCGCCUUUCAAACUUUUUAUAUUCGACAAAAAUUCGACUGGCGAUGAUGUUGGACUUCAUCUUCUGAUAAAUACAAAGUCGACUAUUCUGACAAAUAGCGAGGUCGCGGUGCACUCUUUGGAAAAUUCACGAACCAAAACUCUCUGGAGUACGUCGACAAAAAGAAGAAGUCUCGAGGAUUCUACCGUCCACCCGAGAACAUUCAAUUCUGGCGAAUCUCUAUAUUUGCAUAAAUUUGGAGGCUCUACAGGUCAACUGAUCGAGAACGAAGAUGGGGAAUAUCGCAAAGUAAACCUAAAAAUGAAACUCCAAAGAUUUAUGGAAUCUGGACCGAGUCUGAAAACAAGAAGCAUGAAUAGAUUAAACAACAUAAUUGAAAAAAUAGACAAAAUUCUCCUCAACGCCUCGUCAGCAAAAUCACCCGUCGAUCUCGAACUUGCCACAACAAAUAACGAACAAAACAUGACACUAGUGACAACCAAUCCAAAAUUAGAGCGAGAAAAAAGAAAUUCAAAAUCAGGAAUCUUCAAGGACAAUAGUGACGAUACAAUACAUUCAACACUCACUGACGAGGCCAUAGAAAUGCAAACUUUUCCCAGGGAGAGAAAACCAUGGACCGAAAGAUCAAAAAGCGCAAAAGCACUACGAUCACCAAGACGAAUGGAGGAGGAAUUAAUGAAAACAUUCUCCGACAGUGCAGUUAUUUGUAGAGAAAAAAAAUCCCUCAAAAAACACAGAGAGGAAGACGAGGUGAAUUAUUUCGAAAAUUUCAACAAGACGGAAAUGAUUCAAAUUUAUGAGAAUCAGAGAAAAAAUCUAAAUUCCAGUUCAUCUGGUUCGGUUGUUAUUCAUCAGUAUGGAUUUCCCGGUAAGGAGCGUCCGGAGAGUCCUGACAGUGAUGGCACAUAUGUCGUGGAAAAAGGCGAUUUAGAAAAGAAUACCGACAUUCAGUUUGAACAAGUUUUCGGCAGUGGAAGUUCAAUUAAGAGCAAUGUCACAUUUACUGUGGUGAGCGAAAUUGCCGAUUCGAAACCUAGAAAGAAAAAAUCACAGGUGCAAUAAAAUCUGAAAGAAAAUAGUCAAAAUAAUUAAUAAAUAAUAAUUAAUAAUAGAAAUCUGAAAGUAAUAUACAAUUAACAAGAAGAAAUUCGUCAGAAAAUUGACAAAAAAAAAUUAAAUUCUGAAAAGCGAAGAAAAUAAUUUUCAGCUGAAACUAAAAUCUCUGUAGGUAGUAAAAAGAUAAAAUUAGAAUCAACGGCAAAUAUACAUCUGCUACUAGUUCCGCUUUGAGUAUACAAACGAAACGAGGGGUCGAGAACUCUAAAUUCGACAAAGAAUUCUACUAAAAAUCCCAUAUGUAUUUUUUUUACGAAUAUUUCCCUUCUGGAAUAUAACAAUUAUUUAAAACAAAUAAUUCCAAAUUAUAUUUUUACACUAUUAAAAAUAAUUCCAAAUUA